CACGCUACCAUUGGCGCGCCAUGGCCCAGUCGCCAGCCCGAGGAAGGCGUAGAUCAUUGGAUCGUCUUCCUGAAGAACAUUGUUGCGCUUCAUCCGAGAGUGCCGGCCUCGUUCUCCAUACGAAGGUGCCGACUAGAGCGUUUUGUAUGAUCGCCGGUAAGGGUGCCCGGCUACAACGUAAUCGCAGCACAUGAAAAAUAAAGGUGCUGAGCCGAGUACAACUUCGAUCUGGAGCCCGCGUGACAAUUUGAUCUACACAGCAUUCAUAAGUUCUCAGCACCUUCCACCUGCCGACACAAAAGCCACGGACGGGUACCUGAUGUGGGAGGCGGCUCUUUGAUUAUCCCACUUUAAUUAAUUUGUCUUUGCAGCAGGUUCGUAGGAGGGAACGUCCAAAAGUCGGCACUCGCCUGCCUGAAACCCGUUCGCGAUCGUCUCGGCAAUCUUCCUGGUUUGAGCAUCUGAUCCUUGGAUGCGCUGCGCUCUUCAAUGCGCUUCCACUCAACCACUUAGCUAGACGAUGACGGUGGACUUGUGUUCAUGGAAGAUUUAGUCUUGAACAAUAUCAUGCUGCGCUUCAAGACGAAAAAGCAUGGAGAGAAGCCACGACUCGAAUCGGAUCGAUUUUCGAUUCGCACCAAGCCGAGUGCAGUCAUAGAGAGGUCGGAAAACGUCGAAGAAGAGCCAAAGUCGCCGAUCAGACCCGCAUCUCCAGUGUCAGAAGCUGUGGGUGUGAGAGAAGAGGCCUUGUCCGCGACUGAGUCAUCCGACGACCUGUACGGACUCACCCCAGUACAGUCGAAACACAACAUUCUCGAGCUCGAUCGUCACCAAGAUGCACUUGUCGAAGCGAAAAAGUCCAUGGCUACGGUCAGGAAGUUGGCCUUCCGCCUGGGCUCGAAAAUCGUCGCUAAGGAUUUGAAAGUGGCCACCAACGGGAACGUACUUCGAAAGAAUCGCCCGUCUACCAUUAGCUUGCAAAACGGAGUUCAUCGCGCGAAUAACGCGCAUGAGCAGAGCGACGGCUUUUCACUGUCGAACGAGCAAACCAACGGCCUCCCAGCUGUACCUCAGGAAAUCGAGGACGCUCCGCCACCGCACUCAGUGCCGCCUGUGCAAACGUCGGAAGUCUCUCGAGUAUCACGACCGUCAACUCCACUUGGUAUGAGUGCAGAUCACAACCUGGCCAGGCUUCUACCACCAAUUGAAGCGAGCAACGACCUAGCCCACAGCAUCGACGAAAAGCUAUCGUCCAUUCAGAAGACACGCUCGUCACUGAAGGAGGAGCUGGACGCCACCCAGAAGAAACUUGCACAACUUUUCGAAUCCCAGGCUUUGCUCCGCGAGCGCUACAACGCCGAGAAGGACAAGUCCUCGAAACUCGACGCGGAGCAUCAACUUACUCACACCAGAAUACAUUCCCUGGAGCAAUCCACUCGAGAAAUGAAUGAUGAACUGCGACGCUUGUAUGAGUACGUGGCUAGUCUGGAGAAAGCGAAUCAUGAGCUGAGGGUCUCCUCGGCUCGGGCGAUUGAAACAUCUCCGCAAAACGCUCGUGAUGACCUUAAUUCGGCACCGAGCACGCGACCUGUUUCAUCAAUAUCCCCAUCAAUGUCUGUGGUCCAGCCCCUCAGGAUGCGCCCACCGCCAAUACCAAAGAAAGCAGACCGCAGGAGUCUUCGACAGAAUGAAGACUCCUCGCCAAUGAGCAGAACCAACUCAAGGGAUCCGGACUCUGCCGUGGGAGACAAAAGCUUUUGGCGAGUGGGCGACAUCACGACAAUUGCGGCGGCAGAUAAUGGUCCAUCGCGACCCUUAGCACUUCAUCGGAGGUCAGUAUCCAUGUCCGACGACAUCUUACGCAAGGCCAAAGACGGCAUGAAAGUCGUCACCAGCCGUCCAGCGCGAUCGAAUUCUGUUCGUGGAUCUCAAGAUGGCACGCAGAAGGCGCCCACUUCUUUUGUUGCCGCCCAGAAUCUUCCCCUAUCGCCGUCUGCACCUAAGCCGGCGCAGGAUGAACAGCCUCCACACGCACCUUAUGUGCCUGAGCCCACGUACAGUCCACCAACUCCAUACAACUCGCAGAUACCAUACUCUCAGCAGUUUCCGUACGGCCAGCCAGGCAUGUAUCCUCCCCAGAACAUGUAUCCCCAUCAAAACAUGUAUCCUCAGCACCCGUCUUACCACCCGCAAAAUUCGUAUCCUCCCCAGCUACCUUACCCUCCACAGAGCCCAUACCCACAGCACAACCCGUACCAUCCUCCAAGUGUGUACCCACGUCAAGGCCCAUUUGUGGCUCAGAAUGGGUACCACGAGCAGGCUCAAUUCACUCCCCAGGCCACAUUCACACCUUUUUCUGCAUUCGAGACGUCUGCUCUUGGAUCUAGCAGCGAGCAGCUGGCACCAGUUCCGCCGCGAACGCAUCCUCAGAGCGCGACAAGCUACGGCACGGUCAAUAGCAACAUGCCACGGGCGUCGGGACUCAACGGAAGCAGCAGCUAUGGACGAGCCUCGUACGAAACGGACGACACAUUCCAGCAGAGAUGGAGCGGAAAGGCGAAAGAUGUCAACGGUUUCGCAGGCUCAAGACCACCUCCUCCCAGUUGGCCACCGUACGAAGAAGCUGAACCGGUUGUUAUGAACUCGCCGGCAACAGUCAAGGGCAAGUCAAUUCCCGGCCCAGCGAAGCAGAAUCCUUCGACAAUAUCCAGUCUCUACUCUGGAGAACAAGCCCCACGUGCGGAGGAGACAUGGCGCAAUCGGUCCGGACCGCCUUCGGAGAUAGCGGCAACGGCGACGUCGUCCGGCUCAGGCUCAAGACGGCGAAAGUUGAAGUUGAAGUCAUCUCUCGAACUGCUCCCCAAUUGUCAGAAGAAGGAAGUCACGCUGGAAGCGAGCAGACAGGCCGCCAUGGUCGGAAAGCCCGUCAGCCCGACUUCGAACUUCAUCCAGAGCAGGGGCUUCGCUCUGUAUCGCUUCGUGAAUCCCAAGCCGGCCGGGAACGACAUGCUGUCUUACGAGCUGGAACGCUUGAGACCAAGCAUCUCCACGUCGAAGGUCAUGAUCAGCGAGCCGACCACUCUCCGGGUGACCUUUCCGCGAAGCAUGAAGGGAAUCGAAGGAACUGUCGGUAUGUACGACUCUGUCUCAGAGAUGUGGCUGAAUCCGCAUGCUCUCAAGAAGCGAAAGUAAGCAGCAAGCACGUGCCGAAACGAUUGCUUGAACACUGGGGUCAUAUUUUUUGGUGUUGCACGUGGGCAAUCAACUUAAUUCCAGCAGAAUCGGCUCGAUUUCCAAAAAAAAAAAAUU